AUGCGCUAUGCUUGCAAGUCCUGCGCCUCCCAUGACGUGUGCGAGUCCUGCUACGACGCCUGGGCGGGCGGCGCAGGGGUCAUGCCCAACAAGCUGGCGAAGCAGACGCUGAGCACCAACGCCGCAGAUCACUCCUUCAAGCUCUACAAGGAUCAGACCUUCAAGUCUGUCGUGAAGUCCACGGGUGGCCCCACGGCGAAGUCAGCACCCAAGCUGAAGCCCAACGAUAAUUGUGCCCUGGCAAAUUCUGCACUGCUUGUUGGGUGUCACGCUUGUUUUGUUGUUUGUGUUUCUGUGCUGGUUCAAGCAAAACCAUGCAGAUGA